AAAUGAAGAACAACAUUGUUGAUGUCUUGUCCCUGCAAAAUAAAACACAGGAAAAUAAAUUACAAAAGGUUAAACCGACAGACUAUAGAAAAAUCGAAAGACCCGGAGUUGUGCCAAGAUUUCUAUUCGAAUGUGCCAUUAAAUUGCAAAUCAAACCAUUGACCUCGGCUGGAGCCGCAAUAAUCUUUCAUCGUUUCUAUCGAGAAGUGGAGUCAACGGAUUAUGAUGAAUAUCUCAUAGCUGCAUCAUCUUUAUACUUGGCCGGUAAAAUUAAGGAUGAUCCCGUCAAAAUUCGUGAUGUCAUUAAUGUGGCUCACAUUACACUGAAUCGCGGUUCAUCGCCAUUAGAAUUGGACGAUGAAUAUUGGUCUAUGCGUGAUGCUAUUGUACAAGCAGAGCUAGUUAUAGCACGCACCCUUAAAUUUGACCUCAAUAUGGAACAUCCACAUAAGUAUUUACUCUACUACAUGAAAACCCUACAAGACUGGUUGGGUUCAGAUGUCUGGUCAUCUGUACCAAUUGCCAAAACAGCUGCAUCAUUCCUACAAGAUUUCCAUCAUAGUCCAAAAAUUCUAAAUCAUAAAGCAUCGCAUAUUGCCGUGUGUUGUCUAUCGUUGGCAUUGCAAACGUAUGGUGUACAGGUACCGUUAACAGAUGAAUCCGAUGAUCAAUCACAUUGGUAUACGCCCUUUGUAUCGGACAUAACCAAGGAUAAACACUGGGAAAUAAUUGAAGAUAUAAUAGAGGUUUAUAAACAAGAAUCCGACAUCAAUAAUAUGUAGAAGAAUAUG